AGAUUUGUUUUAUGCAGCAGACUUGUGUAAAUGUAUUUUACUUAGAUAUAACUUGUAGAAUAAAGUAGUCUUAAUUUUCAUCUUACUUCAUUUUAAUAUAAGAAUAUAUUUCAAUGGAUCCUCGGCUGUCUUACCUACAUGCAUCAGAACACAGGUACGAUGAAGAACUUGUGCGUGUGUUCAAUCCUGUGAUAAACCUGAGUGAAACGUUCAACAGUCUUACGGCUGCAGAUGAAAAUUGCCACCUGAAGGUUUUCCUGCGAGUUCGUCCUUAUUUGCCUGGUGAAGAGAAGGAGGAGAAGGAACAGCCUCAAGUCAGCAUUGAAGAUGCCAAUACUGUGCUCCUUACUGCCCCUUCAACAUCCAACACAUUCAAGAACUCCACUCAUGGCAUCACUAAGCUCACCAACAAGUUCACAUUCUCACAUAUUUAUGGGCCAUCAACAAGCCAGUUGCAGUUAUACGAGUGCACCACCAAACCCAUGGUCACCCAAUUCAUCCAGGGCCAGAACUGCCUCCUCUUCACUUAUGGUGCUACCAACUCGGGCAAGACUUACACAGUCCAAGGUGGUGGUGGCAGCGAGCAAGGCAUCUUGCCGCGGAUGCUUGCCUCGCUAUUCAGGAGCAUCAAUGGUUCCCUGUACCCACAUCGUGACUUGCACCUGCAGCAUCAGUCCAACCUGGUCAGCCUGAGCCCCAGGGAAAUUCAGAUGGAGGAGGAAAAGCGUGAAGCUCUUCUCAGGCCUGGCUGCGACAGCACUCUCUCAAGAUCUACCUCUUCUCUGAACAGCACGGGUGGAGAGCCCAGCAGCGGCGCCUCUCUCGACAUUUUUGAUGACUCCAAUAAUGGCAAAGAACCCACGGACAGCAGUGAUCUGAUAGCAGCUGAAGAAGGCAUGUUGUAUGCCGUGUUUGUGAGCUUUGCUGAGAUCUACAAUGAAACAAUUUACGAUCUACUGGAGCGCCUUCCUCCUGGCUGCAACAAGCGCAACCCUCACAUGUUGGGCGAGGACAGGAAUGGAGUUAGCUUCAUUAAAGGUUUGUACGAUGUGCGUGUGGACUCUGCAAGUGAAGCACUACGUGUGCUGGAGGUCGGUCGCCGCAACCUGCACUUCGCUACCACGCGUCUCAACCACAACUCUUCUCGGUCUCACUGCAUCUUCACCGUCAAACUCAUUCACCUUGCGUCAGCUGACAUGCCAAAAUAUGCUCGUGUUUCCAAGUUUUCGAUUUGCGAUCUUGCGGGCGCAGAGCGCGUGGCCAAGACACAGGGCUGUGGCGAGCGUCUCAAGGAGGCUGGCAACAUCAACACGUCGCUGCUGGUGCUGUCGCGCUGUAUUGUUGCUCUCAGACAAAACCAAGUUUCUCAGCGCACGGUGCUGGAAAGCACAAACAACACGACAGUUGGUGGAGGCACUAACAACACCACAGUUAGUGGCACCAACAACACCACAGCUGGUGGAGGGCGACGACGCGAGGUGCCGGUGCCGUACAGGGAUAGUAAACUUACCAGGCUCCUUCAAGGGUUCUUCCUGGGCCAAGGAGUAGCCGCCAUGAUCGUUAACAUCUCCCAGUCACCUGCUCUCUUUGAUGAGACCCUGCAAGUCCUCAAAUUUUCUGCAAUUGCUAAGAGGGUGAUAACAUGCCAGGAGCAGCCGGUCCACAGCUUUGACGCAGCCGUGCGCAAGAGCAGCGCUGGAGGGCAGCUCACUCGCCUCAUUCGGCAAUCACUGAACAAGUCUUACCGCCAGCGCGGCCAGCGGUCCUCUGUGUCACUGCUACAUGGCGGGGACAGCAGAAGUGUGGGGCGCCUGUCUGUUCCUUGGCUCGAGAACAGCGUUAACGUCACUUUUGGUGAGGAAAACCACGAAGACCCGAAUAUGCUCGCCGUCCCUGAGGAAGCUGACGAAGAAGAGGAGGAUGACGACGAGCAGAUGAAGGCUCUCCUUGAGCACAUGCAAAAGCUCACCGACGCCCUCGCACGCGUCAACCAAGAGAAGAAGGACCUCGAGGUGCGGCUGCGCUCCCAGCUCUGCUCGGAGUUCUCCAAGCAAAUGAUCGAAGUUGAGAACAACUGGAGGCAACGUCUGGAUGACCAGAAAGCUCGCAGCGACGAGCACCACGACUGGCAGAUCGCGCGGCUCACUGAGUUCUAUUCUAGCGGCGCUCAGCCGUGCAAGAGAGCGCGCCCUGAUGACACCAUCGCCUCCAACUCCUCCGCUCUAGAAGACUCCAUCUUGCAGUUCCGACAGUCUCGCAUGGAGGAGCUUGAGUCCCAACUAAACGACGUGCAGGAGAAGCUUGCUAGCCGUGACGCACAAGUCGAGACCUUGACUGCCACUCUGAAGAAAAGUAGUGAAGGAGGACGGAAGGCGCAAGAAGAAAUUACUAAGCUGCAAUUCCAGCUUGCCACUCUCACCAACAGCUACGAUCAGCUGCAGAGAAAACUCGAACAUUCAGAGAAGAUAGCAGAAAGUGCUGUGCCGGAGACCGAGGCACUUCUUGGUCUGCAGAAACAAGUUGCUGAACUUGAAGACGCUCAGCAGCAGCUGAACGCAGACCUGCACGACAGCAGGGAGAUGUUAGUUGAGGCCGCCAACGCGUAUGCUCUCAAAGAAGAGGAAGUCUCCAGCCUAUCUUGUGAAGUCGUCUCACUCCGACAGGCGUUGGCUGAGCAGGCUAAUCUGCUAGAACAAGCGCAAGAAGAGCUUAGUGGCGCUCAAGAGCUUGCCAGCGAGCGCACACGGGCCUUGGAAGAACGAGAAAGCGCUGUGGAGGACAUGCAGCUACAGUUAAGCAACACAAGAGAGAUCGUUCGUCAGCUACGACAGAAGCUCAAAGCUUCUGAAGAGCGUAUCGCCGAACUGGCAGCUGAGAAACAAGAAGCUGAGAAUGCGCUGGUCAGAGACAAGAGUAAGCUUCUAGUCGAGAUGGCAGAGAUGAAGAAUCAAUUGACAGACUAUGUUGCUUCUCCUGGUCUUCCAAAAAAAGUUUUACAACUGCAGAAAGCAAAUAAAGAUUUUCAGGACCAAUUGUGUGCCAAUCAGUUGGAACUGAAGCGUUUGCAAGGAGAAAACCAAAGUGCCACGGAAAAAAUUCUAGAACUUGAGAAAGAUUUCUGUAACAUCCAUUCAGAGUUGAAGGAAAGAGACAGUCAAUUGGCCGACAAGAAUAAGAUACUUGAUGAAACUGUUCGCUCCUUGCAGGAGAAGGAAGAAAUUAUUUCUGACCUUCAAAUUAAAAUUGGUGCAAAUAUUAACGAAACGAAGCGUUUAGGACAUUUGAUUAAUGAAAAAGAAGAGAAAAUCAAUGUCCUCUUGUCACAACUUCAAGAAGCCAAUGGCGAGCUUGCGAGACUCACUGAAAAAGGACCCACAGGUGAAAACGAGGUGGCAGCACGGGAGCUAUCGGGGCAUGAGCUGCGUGCUCGGCUUGACGCAGCAAUUGAACGAGCAGCUGAGGCUAGUCGCCAACUGGAUGUCAUGCGUGAAAAGUAUGAGGACUUGGAAACAUCUGCAGGUGCAUCUAAUGAACAGAUGGUAGCUUCCUUCAGGCGCUACGAGGAGAAGUGUUUGGAGUUGGAUGCAAUCAAGAGACAAUUUACUGGACACCCGAUUGAUAUCAGUAACAAAGACUCGGCUUUGAUUGAUGCCCGGACCAAAAUUUCGCAGCUGGAAGCUCUCCUACAGGAAAAAUCCGAAAAGUUGCUCAGGAUGGAGAACAUUAAGAACGAGAAUAAAAGACUAUCUUCCUCUCAGAAGAGUGGCGUUUUUCAGCAAGAAUCGACGCGUGAAUCACAUCUCAGUAACAUUUUGGAAAGACUUGAGGAAGAAUUAGAAAAUAGUGAAGCAAAGUGCGAAAAUCUAACUCAAGUCAAUAGGAGCUUAUUAAAAGAAAACCUCGAGUAUGAACAGAAGCAUGCGACUGAACGGGAGAAGUUGUUAAAACAGCUUGAGGAGGCUAAGAAGGUGCAUAUCAGUGCCACGCGGUAUAAGGAUUGCGAAUUAGCCAGCGCAAAGAAGGAAUCCGAAGAUGCGCGUCAUCAGGCCGCAAAACUUCGUGAGGAAAAUGCUGCGGUCGAGAAAGAACUAGCCAUGCAAGCAGCUGAACUUGAAAGUCUUUCUUCAAAACACGAUAGUCUUGUUACGAAACAACAAAAUCUCGAACAAGAAUACAACAGUCUUCUAACAGAACGAGACAGUCUUGUGACAGAACGAGACAGACUUGUGACAGAUCGAGACAGCCUUGUGACAGAACGAGACAGCCUUGUGACAGAACGAGACAGACUUGUGACAGAACGAGACAGCCUUGUGACAGAACGAGACAGACUUGUGACAGAAAGAGACGGCCUUGUGACAGAACGAGAAAAACUUGUAACAGAACGAGACGAUCUUAUUGCAGAACUAGACAGAAAAGUUUCUGAAUGCAAUGCUAUCAUACAUGGAAAGGAGAGUGAACUGACAAUUUUAAGUCAAAAAAUCGAGGCUGGAAUUUGCGAGAAGAAAGUUUUUAGCGACGAAGUUGAUCGUCUGAAUUCAUCUCUGCUUGAAAACAAAGAAAAAGUGGCUAUCCUGCAUGAGCGAAUUUCCAGUCUUCAGGAAUUACUGCAGAAAGCAACUGCUACUCACGACGCAAAAUUAACUGCGGUGGAAGAAGAGAGACAAAAACUUUUAGAUGCACUUCUCGAGGCACAAGGCAAUUCAAAAAGCGCUGCGGAUGUGGAUUCCGAAAAGUUUUUCAAGUUGAAAGAUGAACUCAAACGUAGCAAAGAAUCGUGCCAAAUUCUGCAAAAGGAGAUGACGGCUGUGCGGGAGGCUCGCGCCCUGCAGGUGCAAGAGAUGAGCGAUCUACGCGCCCAGCUGUAUAAGCUGCAACAAGCCUCCUCCAGCAAGGACGAAGAGAUUAUCUCUCUACAGAAUGAAGUAAAGAAAGCUCUGGCAAGCCACGUGAUGCCGUCAACAGCUGUGGUGGCGAGCCCCGCUCCUGCCAAGAUUAAGCAGGAGCCUUCGUGCGAGGAGAUGCUCAAAGAACAGCUCAGGGCGAAGGACGUGGUUGUGUGCGACUUGCUGGCACAGUUGUCGCUGGCGCGCGACCAGUCAGCUGACACGACCACAGCCGCGUCUGUCAGCUCACCUCCAGCGUGCGAGACACCCUUCCUAGCGCCGCCUUCCUCCAGCGCCCACAAGGUGACCAAAGUUGCGACACGCAGCGAGAGUGAUUCAUCCUUUGCCAGCACCCCUGCUGCUUCAGAAAAGAAGAAACGCGGGCGCCCGAAAACAUUGCAAGUUCCUUGCUUGCAGGAAGCCACGUCUCUGAGCUCCAGCACUCGGCGAUCCACCCGCAGGACUCGUGCCUGUGUUGCAUUUACUGCCAUGGACACCGAUGACAAUGCCAGUGAUACAGAAGAGGAGUCGCCUGCUGGCAGCUACAGCUCCUCCCGCAGAGGCCGGCGAGGCACCGCGUCUAACAGGCGCACGACGCACACUAAAAAACCACGUGAACGGCUCGUCAAUCCUCACCUCGAAAGCAACAAGGAAAAUCGAAUCAGCAUGGCUAACAAAUACGAGAGCGUUUCUGAAGCGCUUGAUGCUGCUAAAUCAAUGCCUAAAUCGACACGCGGCCGACGCCGUCGUCAGUUGUACGAGGAAGAUGUCGAUCAGCCGCUCUACUGUUCUCCACAACUUAUCGAGCCCAUGCCUCCUGUUGACUCGCCUCACACAGCUGUUAGGCGGCACUUGAAAGCUCAGCCCAAGUGAAAGGAAGAGGGGAUGCGCGCUGCUGUGACGGCCGCCGCUGCUUCUGCAGCAGCUGCUGCUGUCCCCGUCUUGUGUCUCUAUUUGGUUGCAGAACUCGUACAGCUGCUUUAAGUAUCAUUUCGCAGGGACAGGGUUCGUUUUACCUGUCACUAUAUUUGAUUGUUCUAGUUUGUGUUCGUUGCAAUUGACUCGGUGCUGCCGCGCCAAGAAACCCUAUUGCUUGCGACGGGAUCGGCUUAGCCCAAGUUGGAGGGUUGAUGUGCUGUGAAUUUGCUAAUGGACUAUUCUGCAUCAGUAGGCAUUCGUGCAACACUUUAUUCAUAGCAGUUACUUCAUGCCUUACCUGAUUCGGUUACUAUAAGUCGUAUGCUCUUCGGUAUGGAUUCCAGAGAGGGCGACAAGGAGACUUGCGCCCUUUUCCAGGGCGCUAGUUUCUUCCGCUUCUGUUCAUAAAUAUUAGUUCAUUGUAAACAUGAGGCUUAAGUUCAAUCAAGAUUUUUUCUGUAGUGUAGUAAACUUUUUUUAAGAAUUCAUGUUUGUCUUUGAAUUAUUUUUACUGAUUAAUUCAUUAGAAGCCGCAUUAACUCGUGAAUCUUGAAGUAAUUAGAAUCAAAUAUUUUAUAUCGAAGGAUGAUUUUGUUUGAUUCUUACCGAGUGUUCCUUGCAUCGAUUAACUUGCAUUUGUCACGAUCUCUCACAAUGCGCAUCUUCCAUUUCCUUUGACUUCCUUGUUUUCACUGGGAUUGCAGUACAUUAUCUACGAAUUUUGUCGAACCGUGGAUGUCAACUUUCUUUCUCCCAAAGGUGCAUUCAAUGAUUUCCGUAACAAACGACUAAGCUGAAACUAUUCUUAUUAGUGUCAUGAGAAGUAGGGUUUGAGGUUUGCAAAUAUUAUACGAGUCUUUUUUUCU